AUGGAUGGCACUGGAAAUGUCCCAGGCAUUGCUUCGUAAACCUAGCAAAAUGCUAGUGUGAACAACAGCUACUUUCACAUGAACAACCUUAAGCAAUCGCAUUAAGUCUACUAAUAGCAGCAAAAGGAUGCCUAAUUGACUUAGAAGCUAGUAGGUAUCAUCGACACACUGCAGGAUGAGUUGACCUUUAAGACUCUACAAGUAAAUUAACUGAUGGAAGAGAAUCUAAAGCUAAAGUAGAUGCAAGGGCUAGGAAUAUCCAAUGAUGGGAAUAUCCAAGGAAGUAUAGAUAACCUUCUUUCGAAUCCUAGCUUCAGAGCUGCUCUGUUUGAAAGACUUUCGAAGUAAAAUUUCUGA